GGCAGCGACCACUCAUAGAGCGGGUGGGCUUACCGCAAUCAGAGCACGGAAAGCGUUUUAUAGCAUUGACCGUAUGGCAGGGAAAAUCUCUGUGUAUAUGAGAUGUGGAAAAGAAUUUCCAAAAUUAGCUAAACUUCGUAUUCAUCUUAAUCGAAAAUAUCCAUGCCGUUCUCAAGAUCCAAUGCCACCACUUCAACCAGCUCCAGAGCCGGCAAACAAUGAGAAUAAUCUACCCACCGAGCCAACUUCAGAAGUUAACCAAGAGAAAAAUAAUUCUGAUUUAGAAGAAUCAUGGACAGAAUUUUUAAAACAUUUAGGUGUGAAACCUGAUAAUUCUAUACCAAUAGAAAAUUCUAACGCGCACCCGUACGGCCAAGCGAGCAGCUCCACCGAUGUUCCGCAAUUCCAUCAAACAGAUAUUAUUAGCUCGGGAUGUGAAUUAUUAGAUGAUCAUUAUCAAGUUGAGAUAGGAAAAGAAAGCAUAUAUGCACAAGACCCUAUCAAUACUCUUGGAGUACUUAGGGAACAAAUAAUAAAUAUUUUCAAUAAUCGAUUUGAUCUCACUCAUGGGAAAAAUGAGUCGAUCAGCAAAUUAUCAGCAGGGGUAUUUGACGAUAAAAUAGAAGAAGAUAACGGUGAAAAAGAUUAUAAAGAAGUUCCAUUCAAAAAUAAAGCAGUUGUAGUAACUUCAAAAGAGGAUAUUCCAAGAAUCGUAGAUGAGCUAAUUUGGGACAUUGAAAAGCGAAUAGAAGUAUAUGUCUGUGAAGGCUCAGGUUGGUGUUUUUCAGAAUCGGAAGACGUAAAUAUUGAAAUGCCAAUCUAUGUUCCAUUAACAGCUAGUUCUCACCUACCUUUACCCAAAGGAUUACCCAAACGAAAUAAUGGAAUUAUCAAUAUUAAAAAUGAGGAUGAUCGAUGCUUUGAAUAUUGUAUCCUUGCAGACAUUUUCCCAGCACAACACAAUCGACAACGAAUUUCUUGGUAUACCCCACACUUAGGUAAGUUAAAUUUUAGCGGAAUUCAAUUCCCAGUAAAAGCAGAUAAUGAUACAAUGGAAAAGUUCGAGAAACAAAAUCCAGAUCUAUCUGUAUCAAUUUAUGGAUGGAGUGAAAAAAAUCUUAUCCCAAUCAGAAUCGCACCUAAAUCCAAAGUACAUGAUAGAUGCAAACACGAAGAGGGGGACUGUCAACCGCGUAAAUUAAUUCAACUUUUAUUAAUAACCGGUAAUGAUCCAAAAACCGGAGAACCAGCACAACACUAUUGCUUAAUUCAAGGGCGAGAUGGAUUAGGUAAGUUAGCUGGAUAUACAACAAAGCAUCAUAAUAAACUCUAUGUCUGUGACUGGUGUGUUUCACACCGAACGCAUGAUCUGGAACUUGAUGCCAAGCAUAUGGAAGAUUGCGCGGGAAUCAACAAUCCACCGCAAAGAACGGAGAUGCCUAAAGAAGGUAAAAACAUAUAUAAAUUCAAAAGAAUCGAACGAAUGAUGGAUGCGCCAUUUACAUGUUAUGUAGACACAGAAGGUUUUACCCAAAAAAUCAAUGAAAACCGCGGGACGAAUACGACAGCAAUCCAAGAGCACAAACCCGCGGGACUCGACUACGUCAUAGUGCGAAGUGAUGGCCAUUGCAAACCCCCAGUUCAGAUAAGAGGGGAAGAUCCAGCGGGGGAUUUUAUUAAGGCUAUGGGAAGGGAGGUAGAGUUAAUGUGGGAUUAUCUUGCAAGCGGGCAUAUAAUCCGAGAUAGUGCUGAAAAAUUAAGCGAACUAACUAAUGCCGGAUUUUUAUGUCAUAAGGCACCGAAAGAAAUGCAUCUCAAACUUCUUUUUAUUUGCAAACACUUUAAAUCCUGGAAGUUAAGUAGCGAUAAGAAUGAAAAAAAGGGUGAGAUUAAUUGGGUAACAGAUGUAAGACAUUCAUUAAAGAAGAUUUAUGAAAUGCAUAAAACAAAACCGCUAGGAAACGAUGUAGGAAAAAUGUAUCGUCUUAUAUCACAGAUUUACCAGCGGCUCAGGUGGCCAGGAGAACCAAUGAAGAAACUAACAAAAGAAGAGGAAAAUCAGUACAAUUCGGCAAAAGUAUGUUGGAUUUGCAAUGAAGCAUUUGACUGCGGUACCACUGAGGAUAAUCGGAAAAAGGUCAGAGAUCAUGACCAUAUCACAGGUAAAUAUCGAGGCCCCGCCCAUAGCAUUUGUAAUCUUCAACUACGAAUAAAACCAGAGGAGACGAAAUUACUUAUUCGAUUCCAUAAUAUGGAAAAAUAUGAUGCACAUUUUAUUGCUAAGGCGAUGGGGCGUGUUAGCCAGGAAGAAAUUAGCGCAAUCCCCCACAACAUGGAAAACUAUUUAAGUUUCGAUAUUGGCUAUCAGAGGUACAUGGAUUCUUACCAUAUCAUGUCAUCAAGCCUUGAUUCGCUUGUGGCAAAUUUAGGUGCUGAACCGUGUCCUAAUCCGGUAGAUGAGGAAGGAAAACCAUUAGAUGUGCCAUGCAAAAAACCUGGACAUCUUUACAGGAUUGGUGAUGGUCGACACCCAGAAAGAUUCCCAAUCACACGUGCAUUUGCACCGAAAGGCCGCUCAGAUUUGGUCUUCCGUAAAGGUAAAUUCCCAUAUGAUUGGUUUGAUAGUCCUGAACGGUUUGAUGAAACAUCAUUACCACGAAUUGAGGCGUUUAACAGUAUUCUUAAUAAAAGCGCUUGCACUCUGAAAGAUUAUGAAAGAGCGCAGGAAGUAUGGGAUGCUUUUGGUAUGAAAACUUUCCGAGAAUACCAUGAUUUGUAUCUCAAACUUGAUGUAUUGUUAUUGGCUGAUGUGUUUGAAGCGAAUCGAAAAAUGAUGAAAGCCAAAUUUGGACUUGAUAUAGCUCAUUAUGUAUCGCUUCCUUCAUUCGCAGAAGACGCAUUAUACAAGAUGACAGGACAGAAAAUCGAGCUACUCACCGACGACAACAUGUAUCUCUUCUGUGAAAAUGGAAUCCGUGGAGGUAUUUCUAUGGCGAGUAAACGUAAAGCCAUAGCCAAUAAUCCAAAAUGUCCCGGAUACGAUCCAAAAAAGCCCACCACAUGGCUCUUAUAUUUAGACGCAAAUGCUUUAUAUACAGGCUCGAUGAUGAAAUAUAUGCCAACAGGCGUGCAUAGAUGGAUAAAUUCGGAUGAAAUUCCAGAUCUUUUCAGCAGGGUUAGUAAGUGUGAAAUUCCGGAUGAUGCGCCUAAAGGUUAUAUGUUGGAAGUAGAUCUUGAAUAUCCAGACAAAUUGCACAAAUCACAUACUGCAUAUCCGCUCGCCCCCGAAAGUCUCGAAAUCUCGAAAGAAGAAAUGGCAAAAUAUCAGCAAGACCUUAUCACUAAAUUGGGUCAUUAUACAAAGACCAAGAAACUCGUUCCAAAUCUCAAUAACAAAGAAAAAUAUGUUGUCCAUUACCGAGCACUUCAGUGUUAUAUUAGGCUGGGAAUGCGCCUUACAAAGAUUCAUAGAGCCAUUGAGUUUGAUCAAAGUCCAUGGAUGAAACCAUUCAUGGAAGAGUUAGCGAGAUCUCGGGCCUUAGCGACUAAUGAUUUCGAAAAAGCCAUGUAUAAACUUUUAGGUAAUGCCAAUUAUGGAAAGACAGUGGAAAACGUGCGCAAAUAUCAAAAAAUAGAUUUUGUCCGACCGCAAUCCGAGUCGAAAAAAUUCAAACGCUUGGUAGCUGAUCCUAGCUAUAAGUCUCACAGAAUUUUAGCCGAAAAUCUGGUAGGUAUUAAUCGUCAUCAAUCUAAGGUAAAACUUAGUAAGCCCAUCUUUGUCGGACAGAGCGUUUUAGAUGAAAGUAAGGUUACCAUGUACAAUUUCUAUUAUAACGUUAUGAAGGCGCGCUAUGGAGAUAAGGUAGAUUUAGCAUAUACUGAUACAGAUUCCCUUAUCCUACAUAUCCAAACCGAGGAUGUAUAUAAGGAUAUGGCUGAGAUGCAUGAAUAUUUCGAUUUUAGCGAAUACCCACCCGAGCACGAGUUAGUUAAAAAUUUACCGGAGGGAGCAUGGAAGAAGAAUAAGAAAGUCCCAGGUAAGUUCAAAGACGAAUGCAACGGUAUUCCGAUGUGGAAGGGUAUCUUUCUCCGCCCGAAGCAAUACAGCUAUAUUCUUGCAAAUGAAAAGUCGGAUAGGCGGGCUAAGGGAGUACAAAAAGUUGUAGUUAAGAAAAAUCUUACGCAUGACAUGUACGAUUCAUGUUUACAAUCACAAAAAGAGCAUAUGGUAACAAUGCAUCGAUUAGGAAGUAAAGAUCAUGUUAUCAGAUUGUUGCGAUCCUCAAAGAUCGGUCUCAGUCCACUAGAUACAAAAAGAUGGAUCCUUUCCGAUGGCAUUACGACAUUAGCUUUUGGAGAUUGUCGUAUUAGAGCGUAUAAAAAUCUAGUCAAAUCUGGUAUGUCCCAUGAAGAUGCCGAAAAAAGAACUACUUACGGAGUGUAG